CUGAGAUCGAUGAGAAUGUCUGUGUCUCCUGCCUACCUACCGUCGGUCGGGAAAUCUAUCAGCUAACUUAACGUGAUCAUGUGCAGGAUAAUGUUAUACUGGAAAUGUAUUCUACUCGGUUUCAUAAAAGAAUGUUUGUCCAGUUAUACAUGGAAAGUAGUACCAAGGUUGAAUAGUCGUGGUAUUUCGGAAAUUCCUAUGCACACAGAGGCGAACCACACAGCUACCUCUUGUGCCCUGAAAUGUCAGAUGAUAUUCACUUGUAAGCAAUUCCGAUAUAAUGAAGUUACCAAUGAUUGUGAUUUAUACAACGGGGAGAGAUACAAAGCAGUUACGAAUGAAGUACAAGGGAACCAAUUUUAUCUGAGGAUGCCAAGCAAUUGUGUGGCCGGGCGAGAUGAAUGGUUCUCUCAGUACCAGUCCUGUAUCUGGCUCAGUACUGAUUUCCUUCCCUAUGAAGAUGCCAAGCGUAAAUGUGAAUCAGAAGGCAGAACAAUGAUGGGGGCCAAAAAUUUAACUCAAAUUACUACUUUGAUGGAGCUUAUCGACCAAAGUAUAGUGGAUUCAUGUUUAUGCAUGGCGAACCGGAAGUUACUCAUACGAAUGGCACGAUGGUACCCCAAUUACAGAGGGGUGGUGCCCCAAUCAGCCUAGCGAAAACAGUGAUUGUGUUGGUGUCGAUCUCAGUAUGGAUGUAUGGUGUAAUACAGGAGGUCUGGACGAUAUCAUUUGUACAGAUUCAAGACAAUUCUUUUGUAGUUAAAUGAUAUAUCAAAUUUUGAUUUUUUUUAUCUGAAGGUCACAUACUUUUACAACAUUUAAGAUAUUUAAACGUUAGGAUGAAUUCUUCUGAAAUUUUUAA